AUGGCCAACCGUGGGCAAAAUGACCAUGUCACUGAUGUCAUGUUUAUCAAAAGUUGUCUGUCUUUGGUGCCAGGCAACUCCACCUGGAAGAGCUCUAAGUGCUCUGACUAUGACAUUUACACCCCUGGAAAAUGUCAGAGAAUCGACAUUCUAGAAGCUCCUUCCGACGUCCAAGUCAGCAAUGUGACGCCAACGGCCCUCGUGCUGACAUGGAUUCAGCCACUGGCUAGCACAGACAACCCCGUACAGUACAAGGUGUCCUUGAAGGCCAAAUGUGAUCCAACAAUUCCGCAACUGACCUCUAUCUGCGACAGAGAUCUGGUUUGA